AUGAAUGAUGUUUAUGAAAUAAUAAGACCUGCUGUUGACCAACUGUCCACAAUUGCUUGUUUAGUUAACAAUGUUGGUAUGGUGUUACCCUUCGAGUUGUUUGCUGGAGAAGUUGAUUCACCGAAUGAAGAAUCAAUUAGAAAUAUCAUUCAUUGUAACAUUUUAUCUACACUGAUAAUGACAAGCAUCAUUCUGCCGAAAAUGUUAACACAGAAAGGACCUAAUCCUGGUAUCAUAAACAUUUCAUCUUAUACAGCUUUAAAAGUGACGCCCUACUUGACAAUUUAUCCUUCAACCAAAGCAUUCAUUAUUCAAUUCUCUAGAUGUCUGGCUGCAGAAAAGUAUAAAAAGAAUGUGAUUAUACAAACGAUGUAUCCAUUAUUUGUAUCUACAAAUAUGACCGAUUUAAGAGAAGCCACAUAUUUCACACCAUCUGCUAAAGUCUAUGCUAAAAGUGCAUUGGAUAUGUUCGGUGUUGAACAACAAACCACUGGUUAUUUUCCACAUGAGUUAAAAGCAUUUGUAUACAAUUUGUUGCCAACAUCAUUGUGGGUAAAAAUAAUCGAACGUACGUUCACUCCAAUCAGUAGACAAUUGAAGAAGGUUGACUAA